AUGUAUUUCGAGCUUAAGAAGGGCGAGGCAGAUGCGGCGUCCAUCUGCGAUUUCGAUGGCGCUGGCGUCGUGACGGCACUUCCAGGCCGACUAGACUGCAUGGCGGUGAAGAUUUCAGCGGGCACAACAUCGAGCACAACCGCUGCAGCACCCGACCCAGGACAACCAAAAGACGGAAAGGGCGGGUCUGUACUGGCAGACAAGCUUUGGUGGUUUCUCGCAGCAGCGGCGCUAAUCCUGGGGAUCAUCCUCUUUGUUUGCUCGCGGACCGGCCAGCCGAACGACUCGCGAAGCUCGCGAACUGUGGAGAGAGACACCCAGCAGGAGUUCGAGAUGGUGACUUCAAUGGCAAGGGCUUGA